AUGGUAUUAGAAAGUGCUUACGGCGACUAUUUUAUAUACCCUCCCGACCGAAACAACGGCGACUAUUUUAUAUACCCUCCCGACCGAAACAGUAUGAUUGGCUGUGAGACAUGUAUACAUGUCACACCUAAUCUCACAGCCAAUCAUAUUGCUGUAUUGAAGGCCACGUACGUCACUUUCACCAAAACUAAAGAGCCGUUGAUUGUGACCGAAAGGGCCGACACUUUGGACCAGCAUUUGGUGACAAUGUAUUGUUGCGGACCCACUGUAUACGAAGACAGCCAUUUGGGACACGCCAUCACUUACAUCCGCGCCGAUCUGAUCCGCAGAGCUCUUCGCCAUUACCACAACAUCUCUGUAUUGAUGGCAAUGAAUGUCACAGAUAUUGACGACAAAAUCAUUGCCAAAGCCAUCGAAACGGACAGUAAUUACCGCAAAGUGUCUAAUCAUUACUACAACUCAUUCAUCGAUGAUAUGAAAGCGUUGAAUGUUUUGGACGCCGACUGUUAUCUUCGAGUAACGGAUCACUUGAAGACAAUCAUGGAUUACAUCAACACAAUUAGGGACAAAGGGUUCGCUUAUAUCAACGCAAACAAUGACAUCAACUUUGAUUUCAACCGUUUUGUCGAUGCAUUCAAUAUCACUCAUACCAUCGGAACCGACGGAUCCUUUAAUGCGGACAAAGUGUCGGACAAACGACUUUGCCCUCUGGAAGGCCGCCAAACCGGGAGAUUAAGUGAAACAAAAGUGCAAAACAAUAAUGAAUUGAAUGCAAGAAAUGAGAGAAAAGUUUUGUUAGAAAACAGUUUCACCAAAACUAAAGAGCCGUUGAUUGUGACCGAAAGGGCCGACACUUUGGAUCAGCAUUUGGUGACAAUGUAUUGUUGCGGACCCACUGUAUACGAAGACAGCCAUUUGGGACACGCCAUCACUUACAUCCGCGCGGAUCUGAUCCGCAGAGCUCUUCGCCAUUACCACAACAUAUCUGUAUUGAUGGCAAUGAAUGUCACAGAUAUUGACGACAAAAUCAUAGUCAAAGCCAUCGAAACGGACAGUAAUUACCGCAAAGUGUCUAAUCAUUACUACAACUCAUUCAUCGAUGAUAUGAAAGCGUUGAAUGUUUUGGACGCCGACUGUUAUCUUCGAGUAACGGAUCACAUGAAGACAAUCAUGGAUUACAUCAACACAAUUAGGGACAAAGGGUUCGCUUAUAUCAACGCAAACAAUGACAUCAACUUUGAUUUCAACCGUUUUGUCGAUGCAUUCAAUAUCACUCAUACCAUCGGAACCGACGGAUCCUUUAAUGCGGACAAAGUGUCGGACAAACGGUCGCCCAAAGACUUUGCCCUCUGGAAGGCCGCCAAACCGGGAGAACCGAAGUGGGAUUUGGUGACCACCGAUGGCAUUGUCAUUGCCGGACGACCAGGUUGGCACAUAGAGUGUAGCGCUUUGGCUCAUAAAGUGUUUGGCCAUCAAAUUGAUGUCCAUUUUGGUGGAAGUGAUCUCCGUUUUCCUCACCAUCACUGCGAGUCCUGUUGUUGUCAUGCAUUUUAUCAAACGCCGGAUCAACCCAUGAAUGCAUUGUAUGAUUGGGUGAGGAUUUGGCUCCAUUCGGGUCAUCUUAACCUUAAAUCCGAGAAAAUGAGCAAAUCUUUGGGAAAUGUUAUUCUCAUAAAGGAUUUCUUGAAAAGCCAUUCACCAAAUAUUUUAAGAUUAUUCUGCAUUAAACUUCACUAUCGUUCGGAUCUGGUAUACGAUGAAAAUCUGUUGCAAGAAAUGAAAAAUAUCGAUAAAAAACUUCUCGAUUUCACUGAAAACUUGAAUUUGAAAAUCUAUGAAUUUUCAAUGGAAAACCUGUCGUAUGAUUGCAUCGAAAACCGCAAACAUUUAAAGCAAUCCGAGUUUUUUAAGGCUAUCGAUGAAACAGAAAAACUUAUUUUAGAUGGAAUUGCAGACGAUUUGGAUCUGGAAAUGGGUUUAAAUGCUAUUCUACUUCUCGCCAAACAAUUCAAUUCCACAAAUGAUUUCUCACUUUUGGAUUUAAUCCGAACGAAACAAGUGCUCAACAAAUGGUUAGAUAGUAUGGGAUUGUUAUACAAACAAUCGUCUAAUAAAAACGAUGGUCAGAGUGUUAAGGAAUCGCUUGUAAUCAAAACGUUUAUUAAAUUCCGGUCGGAUAUCAGGGCAUUGGCUUUGAAUUCAAUUAUAAAAAGCAAAAAUAUGUCAUCAAAUCCUCAAUUGAUUUCGGAUGAGAUCCAAAAGAAUAACAAAGAAAUGCUUUCGUUAUGCGAUGCCAUUCGUCAAGACUUGGAUGGCUUUGGCAUUAAAUUUAAGGCCAGAUUUGCCGGUUUCUAA